CCCCACCAGUGUCCCAAAACUAAUCAUUCCCUGUUUGUUUAUAAACAAUUUGCCAGUGAUUAAAGCUGCAAUUUUAUCCAUCAAUUCCAUUUUCACCGUCACUGUAAACUGUGGAGGUCGAGUCUGUGUCUGUAUGUCUUUCUCUCUGUCUCUGUCAGACAGUCCAAUGGCCGAAUUCAGGCAACACGUCAGCAGCUAAAAUGGCUCGACCUUGAACAAACCAAACAAUGGUGGGUCCUGUCCCCAAUUCUUGACGUCCCAUCAUCACAGCCUUGCUUCCCUCACCCCACCCUCUUACUGUAUUUUCUCCCCCAAAAACUCCCAUCUCCAUGUCCAAAGCUCGAAGCUUUACCCUUUAAUCUCAAAGCCCCAUUUUCAAUGAAUUGAGCCUCUGAUGGGAUGGGAAGUCCGGCGUUUCUCAACGACGAGCUCUCCAAACGGACCUCAAUUUUCGGCUUACGUUUGUACGUCGUCAUCGGAAUCUGCGUCGGCGCCGGAAUCGUCAUCUUCCUCUUCAUCAUCUCCCUCUGGUACACCUCCAGAAGAAACAACAGAAAGACUACAGCUUUAAUCCUCACCAGAAAAACCUCCAAAAUCCCAAAUGUCCCCCGGGAUAUCCAGGAAAUCCGACCCGACCCGAGCCGGGACACACCGGACCCCAACCCCAAACCCCCGCUGCUGCUUCUGCCGGCCCCGGACCCACCCCGACCAGCCCAGGAACCGAACCCGGUCGAGGACCAGAGAAUCCACAUUGAGAUUGGAAAGGGCCACCGAAUUUCUUACCCUGAGAAACCAGGGCAGAGCUCCGGCAACGGCGGCGGCGAAUCCCGGCCGCCGGAGGUUUCUCACUUGGGGUGGGGCCACUGGUACACGCUGAGAGAGCUGGAGGAGUCCACCCAUGGAUUUGCAGACGAGAACGUGAUCGGAGAAGGAGGGUACGGCAUCGUCUACCAUGGCGUGAUGAAGGACAACACUAGAGUUGCCGUCAAAAAUCUGCUCAACAACAGGGGACAAGCCGAGCGCGAGUUCAAGGUCGAAGUCGAAGCCAUCGGACGCGUCCGCCAUAAGAACCUGGUGAGGUUGCUCGGCUACUGCGCCGAAGGAGCUCACAGGAUGCUUGUAUACGAAUACGUCGACAAUGGGAACUUAGAGCAAUGGCUCCACGGAGACGUCGGCCCGCAGAGCCCUCUUACAUGGGAGAUUCGAAUGCAGAUCAUACUUGGAGCUGCUAAGGGGCUGACAUACCUACACGAAGGGCUCGAGCCGAAGGUUGUCCACCGCGACAUAAAAUCGAGCAACAUUUUGUUGGAUAGACAGUGGAAUGCCAAAGUAUCCGACUUCGGCUUGGCGAAGCUCAUCGGCUCCGACCGGAGUUACAUCACGACACGGGUGAUGGGUACAUUUGGCUAUGUGGCUCCGGAAUACGCGAGCACGGGAAUGUUGAACGACAAAAGCGAUGUCUAUAGCUUCGGCAUUCUUAUAAUGGAAAUCAUCUCCGGCCGGAGUCCGGUGGACUACGGCCGCCCCCCGGGGGAGGUGAACCUGGUCGAUUGGCUCAAGUCAAUGGUGUCGAGCCGGAACGCCGAGGGCGUGUUAGAUCCGAAGCUACCCGAGCAGCCAUCGUCUAGGGCUUUAAAGCGCGCGCUUUUGGUGGCAUUACGCUGUGUCGAUCCGAAUGCUCAGAAGAGACCCAAGAUGGGGCACGUCGUGCAUAUGCUGGACGCUGAGGAAUUCCCUUUCCGCAAUGAGCGGAGGGAACACAGCCGGUCGCAGCGCAAUGAUAUUAGGACAGUAGAUAAGUAUUCAAGCGAACCUGGCGACAGCAGCGGAUACGAAAGCAGCAUCCAGACAGUGAGGUUUAUGUCCAGAAAACCCGAGGCCGACGAAGGGCUGUAGGAAGAAGACAGAUUUAUGUUUGUCGAUAUCCAUCGCAUUGUUUCUGCUGUUCACCGAACUAAACUGUGCACUAGCUUUCCGGUUA